CAGGAAGGAGCUGCACGUCUUUGGGAGUCCCUCCCUCUCCCCGCGGGGAGAUACCAAGCGGGGACCAUGCCCGUGUGGAUCCACCCAGCUGAGUGCAGCCAGGACACGCGUGUUGGGGCUCCGGCAUGGCGCGAGGCGGCCUUGGCCACCAUGCAGAAGGCGCGCAAGCUGACCGACCGCUGCGGAAAGGAGGCAGUGACCAUGUGGCAACCCAAGGACUGCGUGAGGGACCCGCACGUGGCGCACCACCUCUGCCGCGCUGCCUACACCCAGCCCUGGCGCUUCCGCGUGGAGAUGCUCCAGGCCGGCUGCACCGUGGAGAAGCCGCCGCCGGGCGAGGGCGUCACGCUGUGGAAGGGCAAGAUGAAGCCUCCCGCCUGGUACGCCCGGCUGCCGCUCCCCCUGCACCGCGACGCGCGCGCCCUGCAGACCGCCGAGGUGGUGCACGCGCACGCGCGCGGGGCGCGCCUCACCGCCGCCCGCCUGUGCCGAGCGCAGCACCAGAUCAAUGGGCAGCUGCGGCUGCUGCAGCGCCAGCGCCAGGCUACCGACCGCAGGCUCAGCGAAGUCCGCAAAGGCCUGCUUAUUAACCAGCAGAGCAGCAAGCUUCGGGGCUACAGGCCCAAGUCUGAGAAGGUCCCUGACAAAGCUGACAGCAUGCUUACCUGGGAGAAGGAGGAACUAAAGAGCAUGAAAAGGAAGAUGGAAGAAGAUAUGGAAAAAUCCGAGGACCUGCUCAAGGCCCUGGCCUCCUGCCGAGACACUCUGGCCUUCUGCUGUAAGGAGAGGCUCCAGGCUGUGGACCUAAUGAACCAGCCGCUGGAUAAGGUUCUGGAGCAGGCUGGCCGCCACUCCUGGGUGAACCUCUCCCGCAUCCCUUCCCCGUGCUCUCAGGGCCAGAAAACACCGCCUCCAGACCCUGUGGGCACCUAUACCCCAGAGUGCGCCACAGCGCUGUACGAAGCCAAGCGACUGUUGAUGGAGUCCAAGGACACCUUGCUGGAGAUGGCAAAGAACGAGGAAGACCUCCGGGAGCAGCAACAUCAGAUCAGCGAUCGCGUGUGCGCCUCGCUGGCGCAGAAGAUGCGCGAGACCUUGGAGCUGAAGGAAAUAAUGAAUAUGACCCUAGGACUAAUGAGGGGAACUAUCCAUCGAUGCACGAAAUUCAACCAGGAAAUGUACAUCACUCGCGGCCUCAUCAAGGGUCCUCUGUCAAAAUGUCACAUGGAGACUCGAGAGAAGCUGGACAGACCCCUGGUUCGAGUGUACCAGAGACACGUGGGCACCCAACUCCCCGAAGCCACACGCCUGGCCCAGGGCACUGACAAGCUGCAGCGCCACAUCACGCGGACAGAGAAAAACCUGAAGGAGCUGCUGGACAAGCGCCAGAACCUUGCCGGGAGCCUCAACUGCAAGACGUUGGGGUACGAGGUGGACUACAACGUGGUGCGCCUGCGCCUCCGCCAGCAGCACCCGCGCGUGUACUGCGAGCAGGCGCAGCGCCCGGUCAGUGACUGGGACCCGCGUACGCCGCCCGGCGCUGCCCGCAAGUGACACGCUGGCCCUGCGCCCCAGCCAUUCCGCGCAGUUCUUCCCGGGCCUACGGAGCACAGACUUGGCAGCUCCAUGGCCCGCCCUCCCUCUCACCUUAUCCUACCCUGCCCCUAAGCAUCCUCCAGCAGAACUAUAAUUAAAAAUGACAAUAAUUACCAUUU